AUGAGUUGUAUUUCACAAGUACAAAAACCUUUAACAUUACUCCUUACUCAUGAAAUUCAAAAUACAUAUUUGUACUGUAAAGAACAAAAGAAAAAUAUACAAAAUAAAGCUAAAACAAGAAUAGAUAAAGAUGGACAUUUACUUUGGAGAAUUAAUGAAGUAUUAGCGAAUAGAUACCAAUUAAUAAAAGGACUUGGAAAAGGUUCAUUUGGACAAGUAAUUCAAUCUAUUGAUUUAGUAACAGGAGAACAAGUUGCUUUAAAAGUAAUAAGAAAAGAUAAAAAUUUUUAUGAACAAGCGAAAUUAGAAGUUCAAAUAUUAUAUUUAUUAAAUACUAAUGAUCGAGCAGACCAAUUCAAAAUUGUUCGUUUAAAAGAUACAUUCAAUUUAAGUGGUCAUUUUUGUAUGGUAUUUGAAUUACUUUCAUACAACUUAUAUGAUUUUUUAAUGAAAAAAAAUGGUUCAUUGGGAUUAUCAUUAGUAAGAAGAUUUGCAUUUCAAAUAUUAAGUGCAUUAAAUUUUUUACAACAACCUGGUAUUAGAGUAAUUCAUUGUGACUUAAAACCUGAAAAUAUUGUUUUAGUAUCACCAGAUAAAGCUAAUAUUAAAAUUAUUGAUUUUGGUUCUUCAUGUACUCCAUCUACUCAUAUGUACAAAUAUAUCCAAUCUAGAUAUUAUCGUUCACCUGAAGUAGUUAUGGGUUUACCUUAUUCUCAUCCAAUAGAUAUGUGGUCUUUAGGUUGUAUUUUACCAGAAUUACUUACAACCGAACCUUUAUUUCCAGCUCGUUCUGAAGUUGAAUUACUUGUAAUGAUGGGGGCAUUACUUGGAAUGCCUCCUAAUUCAAUGAUAAAAGAAAGUCAUCGUGCAAGAAAAUUAUUUAUUCCUCAUGAAAAUGAUGAAAAUUAUGAUUUCCAUCCGACUCUUCAACCUCUUUAUAAUAAGAAAAAGAAAUUAAGAAAUAUCAUUGGUGUUGAUAUUGGUGGUCCUUUAACAAGAACUCCAGGUGAACGAAUGGAAAGAGAUGAACUUGAAAAGUUUUGUGAUUUAUGUCUUAAAAUGCUUUCUUUUGAUCCUAGUAAAAGAAUCACUCCUAAUGAAGCUCUUGCUCAUCCAUUCUUUCAAAGUGGUAUUACUAAGGAAAUCAAUCCUUUACGUAAAAAAGAAGAAAAGAAAAUGGAAGAAGAACCACUUGUUAAUGUUGAAACUGGGAAUGAUAGUGGUAGGCCAAUGUCAAGAUAA